AUGUUUGUUGUCGUAUAUCUCAUUCCAUUGCCCCAACUUAACUCAUUUGUUGCUCAUCCAGGUUCAACAUUUACAUUUAUGACUAUUGCAACUCUGCUCCCACCAUCAACGCACGUCAGGGUCUACUUUUUGAAUGGCGGAGGAUUUCUUUUGGGUACUUUUCACCACAAAAGCAACAGAACAGGUAUGGAGGACGAAAACGUAAUAUCCCUCCUGGACGCAGCAACAAAUGAUCUCGCGCAGCUCAUCAACCACCUUGAUCUGCAAGCGACGCCGGAUAUGUCACCUCUGAGUGGUCGUUCGCCAUCUUUGUUGGCAUCUUCCCAAGCUGGCAGCCCUACAAAACACAUGAUCCUAGAAAGCCCUAUCAAAUGCCUCCGCGCAAGCGCCGCGAGCGUCACGUCACUCUGCCCAUACUCCAAGACAAUAUCCACCGCUGUAGUUUCAUCCAUCGGGCAGCAUGUCGCACCGUGGGCAAUGCUCAAUGCUGGGAUAUCACCUGCGAAAUCACCGCCAAGGGACUCCCAUGCGCCAGCAUCGACCUUUAAGUUCACGCACAAGCGCACAAUGAGCCCUGCGCCUGCGGCAGAACCAUAG